GCCGCCUGCUGCGGCGCAGGCGUCGGUGUUCUGUAGUGUCCGGUCUAUGGAGUCAGUUGGUUUCGGCGGCGGAGCGGAGGUAGCAGGCGGUGUUCGAGUGGGGGCCUUUGCCCCACCAGGAUGUUACCGGGCUUGGCCGCCGCCGCCGCGGCCCACAGAUGUAGCUGGUCCUCCCUGUGCCGGCUCCGUCUGCGCUGCAGGGCGGCAGCCUGCGGCUCCAGCGACCUCCAGGAAUGGCAGAAUUUAGUGACAUUUGGGAGCUUUUCAAAUAUUGUUCCCUGUUGCACACUGAAUCAAGUAAAGUUGUAUUCCACAAAUGUUCAGAAAGAAGGACAGGGAUCACAAACUCGCAAAAUGGAAAAAGUACCAUCAUUUGAUGAAGCAGCAGAGAAUAUUGGUGCAGAACUGAAAGCUCCACUUAUUAAGCAAGAACCUCUCCAAGUAAGAGUCAAAGCAGUCCUUAAAAAGAGGGAAUAUGGACCAAAGUACACUCAGAAUAAUUUCAUCACUGGAGUCAGAGCAAUGAAUGAGUUCUGCCUCAAAUACAGUGAUCUAGAACAACUUCGAAAAAUCAGACGACGAAGUCCUCAUGAAGAUACCGAGUCCUUUACUGUAUACUUGAGAUCAGAUGUGGAGGCAAAAUCUUUGGAAGUUUGGGGAAGCCCUGAAGCUCUUGCCAGAGAGAAAAAACUUCGUAAGGAAGCAGAAAUAGAAUAUAGAGAAAGGCUAUUUAGAAACCAAAAAGUAUUGAGAGAAUAUAGAGAGUUUCUGGGAAAUACCAAGCCACGCUCUAGAACGACAUCAGUUUUUUUUAAGGGGCCAGGAAAGGUGGUGAUGGUUGCCAUUUGCAUCAAUGGAUUAAACUGUUUCUUCAAAUUUCUUGCCUGGAUUUAUACGGGUUCAGCAAGUAUGUUCUCAGAAGCUAUACACUCUUUAUCUGAUACUUGUAAUCAGGCCUUACUAGCAUUGGGCAUCAGUAAGUCUGUUCAAACACCAGAUCCUACUCAUCCGUAUGGAUUUUCAAAUAUGCGCUAUAUUGCUUCACUAAUUAGUGGUGUUGGUAUUUUCAUGAUGGGUGCAGGAUUAUCUUGGUACCAUGGAGUCAUGGGAUUGCUUAAUCCUCAACCAAUAGAAUCUCUUCUAUGGGCAUAUUGUAUUUUAGCAGGAUCAUUAGUAUCUGAAGGAGCAACACUUCUUGUUGCUGUAAAUGAGCUUCGUAGGAGUGCUCGGGCCAAAGGAAUGUCACUUUACAAGUAUGUAAUGGAAAGUCGUGAUCCUAGUACAAAUGUUAUAUUAUUGGAGGAUACUGCAGCAGUGUUGGGAGUGACAAUAGCAGCCACUUGUAUGGGCCUUACUUCUAUAACAGGCAAUCCACUGUAUGACAGCCUAGGUUCUUUGGGUGUGGGCACCUUAUUAGGUGUGGUCUCAGCAUUCCUCAUCUACACUAACACAGAAGCACUCUUAGGGCGAUCCAUCCAGCCAGAACAAGUACAACGGCUUACUGAACUCCUGGAGAACGACCCCUCAGUAAGGGCAAUUCAUGACGUUAAAGCCACAGAUCUAGGAUUAGGGAAAGUAAGAUUUAAGGCAGAAGUAGAUUUCGAUGGACGAGUUGUUACGAGAUCAUAUUUGGAAAAACAAGAUUUUGACCAAAUGCUACAAGAAAUUCAAGAAGUGAAGACUCCUGAAGAACUAGAGACCUUUAUGCUUAAACAUGGAGAAAAUAUUAUUGAUACUUUAGGAGCUGAAGUAGAUAGGCUUGAGAAGGAACUGAAAAAACGAAAUCCUGAAGUUCGACAUGUAGAUCUGGAGAUAUUAUAGACUUGAUGGAAUGAAUCACCUUGGAGGGAGUCUUG